AUGCCUCCGAAGGGUCGCUCGACUAAGGCGGCCGUGGAUGUUACUCUCCCUGACGACAUCAUGCCGGAUCAGAACUUCACGCCAACACCUGUGGACGAAGAGGCUGUUGGGAAGGAUUCGGCACACACGGUGAACUCGUCCAAGGAUAAGGCUGUCGCGGUUGAGCCGGCAUCAGUGUCUGCUGCUGGUGCUGCGGGAAGCUCGGGACUGACAGUGGAGGAAAAGAGUCAGUUGCAUCAGUCCGUGGUUGCCGACGAGGAAGAGUUUCUGGAAGACGACUCGGAUGAAGAAUUAGACAUUGAUAUCGCAAAGGAAGAUGCUUUCCGCCUCCGCUUUACCGUUAUCUUACUCAUUCCGAUGGUGCUGUCACAGGAGAUCAAAGCUAUCAUCUCAGCCGUCCGUCUUCUAAUGUCUAAGGUGUGGUGCUCCUCCCUUACCGCGAAUGCUGGAAUCACGGCCAACAUUCAGGAGAUGACUCCUGGUUACGUGGCGAAGACGCGCUUCUGCCGGCUGCAAAUUUCCUUCCUGGACGAGAGGGAUGCUCACCAUAUCAAGUCACAUGUCUUCGAGUACCAGAAGGCGCACGGUCCGGCAAUCAAGUGCAUCUGGCAGCACACGGAAGAUGCCUCAUACCUUAAGGAGAAAGCUGCUCACCCUCUUGCUAUUGAAGUGCUUUUUCGUCGCGUUCCUGCUAACAUUGUUCCUGAGGUGCUGAAGGAUCUGCUCGUCCGCUUCAAGCUAAAGAUGCGGAAGCAGUCUGCCUUCAAAGAGGGUUUUGCUUUCCACCGCGUGGCUCAUCCUCUUACCGGUGCGGAUACUGAUGUGAUCAAGGGCCUGGCACUGACGUCCCCGUUUGCUCUCGCAGCCUCAUCCCUCAGCACCUCCGCUCUGAUCACCCCCAUCUUGAAAGAUCCUGCGAUUGCACUUAUCUCAACCGGCAGCAACCGCGAGGAGUGGAUCUGUACGCAAUUGUGCUGUGGAAAGGCGAAAGGAAAAUCCUUCAUGGCUGCUGCAGACCACAUCGUCUCAGCGACUCACCUGCUGAACUUGGAGAAGCUGGGCACAGCAACAAAGGUCUCACUGGACAAGGCGGUCCUUGCCAGCCUGAAGAAAGACUAUGGGUUCUGA